UGCCUUGACUAAAGCAGUGGAUGGUAAGCAAAAAAAACCCAAGAACCAAUCAUAUGUUGGUAAAUGAACUGAACCACGGUACCUACAGUAUCACCUGAAUGCCGCCAGUACAUAAAGAAUCUAUCUCGUCUGAGUCCUUUCAUCCGGCACCCCCAGCACGAUGGUCUGGAUUGGAUCAUGGACAUGAUUCCAACUUUUGACGGCAAAAGUACCUCGGCCACUGUUCUUCAUGGGGAUCGUGGAAUUGGCAAAAGCGUCCUGUCCUAUCACCUCUACAAAUCCCUCCUCCAAAGUCGUCAGUCAUCCGAUAUCGUUGUGUACUUUUCUUUCGAUGUCCUAGAUCGUCGUCGACGGUCGAUCAUGUCAAUGCUAAGCAAGAUAAUCCAUCAAAUACUUGCGGUAGAUCCCAAGUCAUUCUCAAGCACUAUUCAGUCGCCGCAGGCGAACGAUUCAGGAUUGGAGGAACGCAACAUGUGGGCAUUGCUCCGUUCGAUUGUCCAGAAGUCGAAAAGUGAGAAUAUUACACUCAUCGUCGAUUCCGUACAGGAAAGCGAUGCAAGUGACUUGGAAGCAGUUUGGGGGAACCUAUCCAAACUAAAAGAUGCCCGUAAAACGGGAUUCCGGUUACUAUGCACAACAGACAUCGAGCCGUCAGCCGCCACACAGGAAAAAAUACCUAGUGUCUCUAUCAAAAACCAACGCCAAUUCGAAAGUAGUUGGAAGGAAUUUGUUGACCGUCGAACCAACGAGAUCCUCUCAAAAAGCCCUAUUAACUUGGAAGACUUUAAGGGCAAACUCUCGGAACGUCUCUUACAGCCGUACCAGUUCCUACGUCCAACCCUUAUUGCCCAUCACAUGCGCCUUACCGAUUCCCCAUCAACUCCGAGCUGCAUCAGAAAUGAUCUGGAUAAUAUAUCAAAGAGCGAUUUGGAAGAUACAAUAUCAGCUAUAGUACAAAAAUGUUCGUCUUGGAUGAAACCCACAAUUCGUUGGUUGUUGUUUGCCCGCCGGCCCCUCAGAUCGUUGGAAUUAGCUGUUGCCAUUGCUCUUGAAAAAUCAUGUGCAUCGUCACAGCAGCCGAUAGUCGAUGAAGAUUUGAUUCCCCAAGAUAUUGCAGGAGACCUGAAGCGGCAACUGGGACCACUCAUUGAUGUUGAAGAUGGAGAGAUCCGUAUCUCUCAUCCGUACACUAGACCUAUUCUUGAAAAACGGGUUUAUCCAGAAAAACAGGGCUCAAAAUCGGACCACAUAGCCUUGACAGGACUUUGCUUGAAGUAUCUGCGUCGAUGCCUCGAGUAUAAGAGCAAGAAAGGCACAACUCCCGUGGACGAUAUCAACUUCGAAUUCUUCGAAUAUGUAGUCGAGAACUGGCAUGUUCACUACAGGGACCCAGUCAAUGAUGGUGAUAAGGAACUCAAGCUCCUUGUCGAUUCGCUCCUCAAUACUGGAGCGUACCUCUCACUGCUUUGCCCACUGGACUUCACAGUUCCUUCGAGCAACGAUGGUGCUCUGUAUCUUUCAGUCCGGCUUGGCCUCCUUGAUAUUGUUGAAGAAAAGCUUACAGGUUCUGAUGCCAACAAGUCCGUCCUCUUUCGCAUCGCCUGCCAAUACCAUCACGUGGAAAUUGUGAAAUGCUUCAUUGAAGGUAUGGACGACAACGCAUGUAUCAAAGAGCUACAUCAAGCAAUGAAUACGGCUGACUCGAGCCUUUGCAACGUUCUGCUUGAUAAAUUAUUAAAAGAACUACAACCCAACGACGAUAAACUCGAACCCACUUUUAUUGCUGCGUGCAAAAUAGGUCAUGAAGCCAUUGCCAAUAGACUCGUCAAAUCCGGCAUAGUUAUCAAGAAUAUUUCUACGCUAUUACUCAAUGAGGUAUUCGACCGGGGCCAUGUACGCAUCGUUGAGCUGUUGCUCAAAGAAAGGGUUGUUACAGACGCGCCCGACGCCUAUAUUCAGAACCUAUUAGAACAAAGCAAGCAACGAGGAUACGGGAGUAUCGUUGAGUUGCUUAGUUCCAUUGUCGAAGAUAGAAGGAGAUGGGGGCGCGUGAUAACCCAUUUGGAAGAAACUAAGACCUUGAUGUUGAACAGAUUUGAAGAGGUACAGAAAAUAGCAAAAGGAGAAUUGCGGUCCGUAGAUCAAGAUAACUAAGAGAGAACGGGUAGUUGUGGUUGUAUGGGACAGUUAUCCUAAUACCUGAAGCGUACCAGCCAAUGAGGCUAUCGCGAGAUUUCCCUAGGGGCGUAAGGCGCGGUGAGUCCUGAGUUGAUUCUAUCUCGUAUCUAGCAAACCUAACAAUAUACCUUUGAUGUCGUGUUCGA